UGGGCCCAGGCCACGAGUCUGUCGGCGGCUGUCGAUCGAGUUGAUGUUUUGACCUGGAAAGGUCCCGCGGCUUUUUUGUUGUUGUGUUCUGGUUGGUAACUUUUCGUGAUCGCGAGUGAGUGCACGCCAUUAAAGGACUAUCAGAUCGAGGGUUGUGGAUUAUCGUUGGUGCGUUUGGUCAAGUGGGCCCUCGACAAAAAAUAGAAGAUAAGGACUCUCGAUUGAUUAAGUGGUUUCCACGCGCCAAGUGAUUUGUCGACCGGCGAGAUCUUAGGCACGAGCAGCGGGGAGUUAUUAAAGAUGCGGCUGCUAGUGCUUUGCCUAGCGUUAGCCACAUCCAGUCAUGGGGCGAUAACCACCCACCUGGGUCCAGACGGCUACGAGUAUCCGCGGCCAAACAUUCCAUUCCCAUCACCGGAUAAACCGGAUCGGCCCAGCACACCUCGACCUUGUCCAUUUGGAGGGAUUCCACCGUAUUGCUGUACCAAUGGUGGUUCUGGACCUAAUUGUGAAGUCUCAUCACCGUCAACGCCAGCGCCUCCAACACCAAGACCGUGCCCCUUCGGAGGAAUUCCACCUUACUGUUGUACUAAUGGUGGAACUGGGCCUAACUGCAUCGUACCUGGCAGGCCCACUCCCGGCCCUUCACCAAGUCCUACUCCAUGUCCCUAUGGUGGCAUACCUCCAUAUUGCUGCACAAAUGGAGGACAAGGUCCGAACUGCGUAGUUCCACCCAGACCAACUCCAGGCCCUACCACACCAGCAGGAUGUCCCAACGGUGGAGUACCACCUUAUUGUUGUACCAACGGAGGAAGCGGUCCAAAUUGUGCAGUGCCUUCUCCAUCGACACCGUAUCCAACAACGCCAAGACCUUGUCCGUUCGGAGGAAUACCACCUUACUGCUGUACCAACGGAGGGUCAGGGCCAAACUGUGCGCAACCAUCACCAACAUCACCUGCCCCGACUUCCCCAAGACCUUGUCCAUUCGGAGGUAUUCCACCAUACUGUUGCACUAACGGCGGUACGGGUCCAAACUGUGCUCUUCCUUCAAAACCAACACCAACAACUCCUAGGCCAUGUCCAUUUGGUGGAGUACCACCAUAUUGUUGUACAAAUGGAGGAUCAGGACCAAAUUGUGUAGUUCCUACUCAAAGACCAACCACACCAGCUGGUUGUCCCAAUGGGGGAGUCCCACCAUAUUGCUGUACCAAUGGAGGAACUGGACCAAACUGCUAUGUCCCAUCUCCAGCAACACCGCCACCAACUCGACCACCACCACCACCACCAGGUAGCGACAACGAAUACCUUCCACCUUGUCUCAACGGCGGACAAGGUCCAGAAUGUGUCUUACCAAUAACUCCUCCACCAACCAGACCACCAAGUAGGCCAACUCCAGGUCCAACAACGACUCCUCGACCAUGCCCCUACGGAGGAAUUCCUCCCUACUGUUGUACCAAUGGAGGACAAGGCCCUAACUGUGUUGUACCAUCCAGACCUACACCUGGUCCAACGACACCCUCCGGUUGUCCAAAUGGUGGAGUGCCUCCAUACUGCUGUACAAAUGGUGGAAGCGGUCCAAACUGCAUUGUUCCCACUAGACCACCGCUUGGACCAUCAACAACUACAAGACCAUGUCCAUAUGGAGGGGUUCCACCAUACUGCUGUACAAACGGUGGACAAGGACCGAAUUGCAUCGUUCCUACCAGACCAAGUCCCGCACCAACAACACCUGCCGGGUGUCCCAACGGUGGUGUUCCUCCGUAUUGUUGUACUAAUGGUGGCAGCGGCCCGAACUGUGUAGUGCCUACACGUCCACCAUACGGUCCAUCAACCACUCCCAGACCUUGUCCAUAUGGUGGAGUUCCGCCAAACUGUUGCACAAAUGGAGGACAAGGUCCAAACUGCGUUGUGCCGUCCAGGCCAACUCCAGGACCAACUACACCUGCUGGAUGUCCUAACGGCGGAGUGCCUCCUUUCUGUUGUACUAAUGGAGGAAGUGGACCCAAUUGUGUAGUACCAACAAGACCGUACCCAGGGCCAUCCACCACACCUGCACCUUGUCCAUUUGGAGGAGUUCCUCCAUAUUGCUGCACCAACGGCGGAGAGGGUCCCAAUUGUGUGGUUGCAUCUAGACCAACACCAGGUCCAACUACCCCAUCCGGAUGCCCUUAUGGAGGCAUUCCACCAUACUGUUGUACCAACGGAGGAACUGGUCCAAACUGUGUUGUACCAUCCCGACCAACGCCAGGUCCAACAACUCCAGCAGGAUGUCCCAAUGGAGGUGUCCCACCAUACUGCUGUACCAACGGAGGUCAAGGACCUAACUGCCUUGUACCAACUCGACCACCGACAAGACCAACUCAAAGCAACGAGUAUCUUCCUCCCUGUCCAAAUGGAGGAACUGGACCAGCAUGUCAAACUCGACCGCCAGGACCGACCUCACCACCGACACGACCACCAACCUCCCCUGCUGGUUGUCCUUAUGGUGGUGUUCCCCCUUACUGUUGUACAAACGGUGGACAAGGCCCGAACUGCAUAGUCCCAACUCGGCCGACUCAGCCACCACGACCAACCACUCCAGCUGGUUGUCCGAGUGGCGGAAUACCUCCUUAUUGCUGUACAAAUGGUGGACAAGGACCAAACUGCGUUGUUCCAACACAACCUCCACGACCAACUUCGCCCGCUGGUUGUCCCUAUGGAGGGGUACCACCAUAUUGUUGUACUAAUGGUGGACAAGGACCAAACUGUAUUGUACCAACACAACCGCCACGACCAACCACUCCCACUUGUCCUUAUGGCGGAGUUCCACCAUACUGCUGCACCAAUGGCGGUCAGGGACCUAACUGUAUAGUACCUUCUCGACCAACUCCAGGCCCGACAACUCCUGCUGGAUGCCCUAGUGGAGGAAUUCCACCAUAUUGCUGUACAAAUGGUGGACAAGGACCCAACUGUAUUGUCCCUACACAACCUCCUCGACCAACAACGCCAUCAGGAUGCCCGAACGGUGGAGUUCCGCCUUAUUGUUGUACCAAUGGUGGACAAGGUCCGAAUUGUGUAGUUCCAACUCAACCACCACGCCCUACAACUCCAUCAUGCCCCUACGGUGGAAUCCCACCAUACUGUUGUACCAAUGGAGGACAAGGUCCAAACUGCAUCGUCCCAACCCUUCCUCCAAGACCGACUACUCCCGCCGGAUGUCCGAACGGAGGAGUUCCACCGUACUGCUGCACAAAUGGAGGACAGGGGCCAAACUGUAUCGUUCCUAGACCUCAACCAACUCCCGGACCAACACGACCUCCAUCUGAGAACGAGUACCUGCCACCCUGUACCAACGGAGGAUAUGGACCAAAUUGUGUCGUGCCAUCUCAACCUCCAGUUACACGACCACCCCCAACUCAACAACCCGGAUGCCCCAAUGGCGGUGUCCCCCCCUUCUGCUGUACCAACGGCGGACAGGGCCCCAGCUGUGUUGUCCCAGGUCGCCCUACUUCACCUCCAGUGACAAGACCACCGCCAACCUCCCAGCCUGGAUGCCCUUACGGGGGAGUACCACCGUAUUGUUGUACCAACGGAGGACAAGGCCCGAACUGUAUCGUUCCAGGCCGACCGACUUCCCCACCUGUCACUCGACCACCUCCAACGCAACCGCAGGCCUGCCCGGCCGGUGGUGUUCCACCGUACUGUUGCACCAACGGAGGUGUAGGUCCAAACUGCGUUGUCCCUAGCAGGCCAACUUUCCCACCAUCGCCGACGCCACAGCCAGGCUGCCCUGCCGGAGGUGUUCCUCCGUAUUGCUGUACGAACGGUGGAGAAGGGCCCAACUGUGCACUGCCCCCAAGCCACACCCUCGAUCAGGACGGAUAUCACUACAAACUGCCCAGCAAACCGUUCAACUACUAGUGUGUAGACCAGCUGUAGGUUUAUUUAUUUCAGCGUUGCGUGUACGUAUAUGUGAAUAGUAUAAUUAAGCUAACAAGUCAACAGCAUGGAAGCAAUCAACUGCAAAACGAAUAAAAAAUGUGAAUAGCAUGUUAAGGGAGAACCGGUACAAGAGAGUCGUUACUAAGGAAUAGUAUGUAUAACGUAAUACUCGAAGAGUUUUCUUUUCACAUUGGUUAAGCGUUUUUGUAAUACAAGACGUGAGCAUUGGAAAUAAAAACUUUAUCUAGAUUAGUACAAUUUAUGUGCAUAUGUUUACUGAUAAGGAAAUAAACGUAAACAAUAAUAA